AUGGCCCUUGGGAGGAGGAAGCGAGGGGAGUGGAGGAAGCGAGGUGGGAGAGGAGGGCUGGAUGGCCGUUGGGAGGAGGAACCGUGGGGAGUGGAGGAAGCGAGGUGGGAGAGGAGGGCUGGAUGGACCUUGGGAGGAGGAAGCGAGGGGAGUGGAGGAAGCGAGGUGGGAGAGGAGGGCUGGAUGGCCCUUGGGAGGAGGAAGCGUGGGGAGUGGAGGAAGCUAGGUGGGAGAGGAGGGCUGGAUGGCCCUUGGGAGGAGGAAGCGUGGGGAGUGGAGGAAGCGAGGUGGGAGAGGAGGGCUGGAUGGCCCUUGGGAGGAGGAAGCGAGGGGAGUGGAGGAAGCGAGGUGGGAGAGGAGGGCUGGAUGGCCCUUGGGAGGAGGAAGCGUGGGGAGUGGAGGAAGCGAGGUGGGAGAGGAGGGCUGGAUGGCCCUUGGGAGGAGGAAGCGAGGGGAGUGGAGGAAGCGAGGUGGGAGAGGAGGGCUGGAUGGCCCUUGGGAGGAGGAAGCGUGGGGAGUGAAGGAAAGCGAGGUGGGAGAGGAGGGCUGGAUGGCCCUUGGGAGGAGGAAGCGAGGGGAGUGGAGGAAGCGAGGUGGGAGAGGAGGGCUGGAUGGACCUUGGGAGGAGGAAGCGAGGGGAGUGGAGGAAGCGAGGUGGGAGAGGAGGGCUGGAUGGCCCUUGGGAGGAGGAAGCGUGGGGAGUGGAGGAAGCGAGGUGGGAGAGGAGGGCUAGUUGGACCUUGGGAGGAGGAAGCGAGGGGAGUGGAGGAAGCGAGGUGGGAGAGGAGGGCUGGAUGGCCCUUGGGAGGAGGAAGCGUGGGGAGUGGAGGGAGCGAGGUGGGAGAGGAGGGCUGGAUGGCCCUUGGGAGGAGGAAGCGUGGGGAGUGGAGGAAGCGAGGUGGGAGAGGAGGGCUGGAUGGCCCUUGGGAGGAGGAAGCGAAGGGAGUGGAGGAAGCGAGGUGGGAGAGGAGGGCUGGAUGGCCCUUGGGAGGAGGAAGCGUGGGGAGUGGAGGAAGCGAGGUGGGAGAGGAGGGCUGGAUGGCCCUUGGGAGGAGGAAGCGAGGGGAGUGGAGGAAGCGAGGUGGGAGAGGAGGGCUGGAUGGCCCUUGGGAGGAGGAAGCGUGGGGAGUGGAGGAAGCGAGGUGGGAGAGGAGGGCUGGAUGGCCCUUGGGAGGAGGAGGCGUGGGGAGUGGAGGAAGCGAGGUGGGAGAGGAGGGCUGGAUGGCCCUUGGGAGGAGGAAGCAUGGGGAGUGGAGGAAGCGAGGUGGGAGAGGAGGGCUGGAUGGCCCUUGGGAGGAGGAAGCGUGGGGAGUGGAGGAAGCAAGGUGGGAGAGGAGGGCUGGAUGGCCCUUGGGAGGAGGAAGCGUGGGGAGUGGAGGAAGCGAGUUGGCCCUUGGGAGGAGGAAGCGAGGGGAGUGGAGGAAGCGAGGUGGGAGAGGAGGGCUGGAUGGCCCUUGGGAGGAGGAAGCGUGGGGAGUGGAGGAAGCGAGGUGGGAGAGGAGGGCUGGAUGGCCCUUGGGAGGAGGAAGCGUGGGGAGUGGAGGAAGCGAGGUGGGAGAGGAGGGCUGGAUGGCCCUUGGGAGGAGGAAGCGUGGGGAUUGGAGGAAGCGAGGUGGGAGAGGAGGGCUGGAUGGCCCUUGGGAGGAGGAAGCGUGGGGAGUGGAGGGAGCGAGGUGGGAGAGGAGGGCUGGAUGGCCCUUGGGAGGAGGAAGCGUGGGGAGUGGAGGAAGCGAGGUGGGAGAGGAGGGCUGGAUGGCCCUUGGGAGGAGGAAGCGAGGGGAGUGGAGGAAGCGAGGUGGGAGAGGAGGGCUGGAUGGCCCUUGGGAGGAGGAAGCGUGGGGAGUGGAGGAAGCGAGGUGGGAGAAGAGGGCUGGAUGGCCCUUGGGAGGAGGAAGCGUGGGGAUUGGAGGGAGCGAGGUGGGAGAGGAGGGCUGGAUGGCCCUUGGGAGGAGGAAGCGUGGGGAGUGGAGGGAGCGAGGUGGGAGAGGAGGGCUGGAUGGCCCUUGGGAGGAGGAAGCGUGGGGAUUGGAGGGAGCGAGGUGGGAGAGGAGGGCUGGAUGGCCCUUGGGAGGAGGAAGCGUGGGGAGUGGAGGAAGCGAGGUGGGAGAGGAGGGCUGGAUGGCCCUUGGGAGGAGGAAGCGUGGGGAGUGGAGGGAGCGAGGUGGGAGAGGAGGGCUGGAUGGCCCUUGGGAGGAGGAAGCGUGGGGAGUGGAGGGAGCGAGGUGGGAGAGGAGGGCUGGAUGGCCCUUGGGAGGAGGAAGCGUGGGGAGUGGAGGAAGCGAGGUGGGAGAGGAGGGCUGGAUGGCCCUUGGGAGGAGGAAGCGUGGGGAGUGGAGGAAGCGAGGUGGGAGAGGAGGGCUGGAUGGCCCUUGGGAGGAGGAAGCGUGGGGAGUGGAGGAAGCGAGGUGGGAGAAGAGGGCUGGAUGGCCCUUGGGAGGAGGAAGCGUGGGGAUUGGAGGGAGCGAGGUGGGAGAGGAGGGCUGGAUGGCCCUUGGGAGGAGGAAGCGAGGGGAGUGGAGGGAGCGAGGUGGGAGAGGAGGGCUGGAUGGCCCUUGGGAGGAGGAAGCGUGGGGAGUGGAGGAAGCGAGGUGGGAGAGGAGGGCUGGAUGGCCCUUGGGAGGAGGAAGCGUGGGGAGUGGAGGGAGCGAGGUGGGAGAGGAGGGCUGGAUGGCCCUUGGGAGGAGGAAGCGUGGGGAGUGGAGGAAGCGAGGUGGGAGAGGAGGGCUGGAUGGCCCUUGGGAGGAGGAAGCGAGGGGAGUGGAGGAAGCGAGGUGGGAGAGGAGGGCUGGAUGGCCCUUGGGAGGAGGAAGCGUGGGGAGUGGAGGAAGCGAGGUGGGAGAAGAGGGCUGGAUGGCCCUUGGGAGGAGGAAGCGUGGGGAUUGGAGGGAGCGAGGUGGGAGAGGAGGGCUGGAUGGCCCUUGGGAGGAGGAAGCGUGGGGAGUGGAGGGAGCGAGGUGGGAGAGGAGGGCUGGAUGGCCCUUGGGAGGAGGAAGCGUGGGGAUUGGAGGAAGCGAGGUGGGAGAGGAGGGCUGGAUGGCCCUUGGGAGGAGGAAGCGUGGGGAGUGGAGGGAGCGAGGUGGGAGAGGAGGGCUGGAUGGCCCUUGGGAGGAGGAAGCGUGGGGAGUGGAGGAAGCGAGGUGGGAGAGGAGGGCUGGAUGGCCCUUGGGAGGAGGAAGCGAGGGGAGUGGAGGAAGCGAGGUGGGAGAGGAGGGCUGGAUGGCCCUUGGGAGGAGGAAGCGUGGGGAGUGGAAGAAGCGAGGUAGAAGAAGAGGGCUGGAUGGCCCUUGGGAGGAGGAAGCGUGGGGAUUGGAGGGAGCGAGGUGGGAGAGGAGGGCUGGAUGGCCCUUGGGAGGAGGAAGCGUGGGGAUUGGAGGGAGCGAGGUGGGAGAGGAGGGCUGGAUGGCCCUUGGGAGGAGGAAGCGUGGGGAGUGGAGGAAGCGAGGUGGGAGAGGAGGGCUGGAUGGCCCUUGGGAGGAGGAAGCGUGGGGAGUGGAGGAAGCGAGGUGGGGGAGGAGGGCUAGUUGGCCCUUGGGAGGAGGAAGCGAGGGGAGUGGAGGAAGCGAGGUGGGAGAGGAGGGCUGGAUGGCCCUUGGGAGGAGGAAGCGUGGGGAGUGGAGGAAGCGAGGUGGGAGAGGAGGGCUGGAUGGCCCUUGGGAGGAGGAAGCGUGGGGAGUGGAGGAAGCGAGGUGGGAGAGGAGGGCUGGAUGGCCCUUGGGAGGAGGAAGCGUGGGGAUUGGAGGAAGCGAGGUGGGAGAGGAGGGCUGGAUGGCCCUUGGGAGGAGGAAGCGUGGGGAGUGGAGGGAGCGAGGUGGGAGAGGAGGGCUGGAUGGCCCUUGGGAGGAGGAAGCGUGGGGAGUGGAGGAAGCGAGGUGGGAGAGGAGGGCUGGAUGGCCCUUGGGAGGAGGAAGCGUGGGGAGUGGAGGAAGCGAGGUGGGAGAGGAGGGCUGGAUGGCCCUUGGGAGGAGGAAGCGAAGGAAGUGGAGGAAGCGAGGUGGGAGAGGAGGGCUGGAUGGCCCUUGGGAGGAGGAAGCGUGGGGAGUGGAGGAAGCGAGGUGGGAGAGGAGGGCUGGAUGGCCCUUGGGAGGAGGAAGCGAGGGGAGUGGAGGAAGCGAGGUGGGAGAGGAGGGCUGGAUGGCCCUUGGGAGGAGGAAGCGUGGGGAGUGGAGGAAGCGAGGUGGGAGAGGAGGGCUGGAUGGCCCUUGGGAGGAGGAAGCGUGGGGAGUGGAGGAAGCGAGGUGGGAGAGGAGGGCUGGAUGGCCCUUGGGAGGAGGAAGCGUGGGAUGUGGAGGAAGCGAGGUGGGAGAGGAGGGCUGGAUGGCCCUUGGGAGGAGGAAGCGUGGGGAGUGGAGGAAGCGAGGUGGGAGAGGAGGGCUGGAUGGCCCUUGGGAGGAGGAAGCGUGGGGAGUGGAGGGAGCGAGGUGGGAGAGGAGGGCUGGAUGGCCCUUGGGAGGAGGAAGCGUGGGGAGUGGAGGGAGCGAGGUGGGAGAGGAGGGCUGGAUGGCCCUUGGGAGGAGGAAGCGUGGGGAGUGGAGGAAGCGAGGUGGGAGAGGAGGGCUGGAUGGCCCUUGGGAGGAGGAAGCGUGGGGAGUGGAGGAAGCGAGGUGGGAGAGGAGGGCUGGAUGGCCCUUGGGAGGAGGUAGCGUGGGGAGUGGAGGAAGCGAGGUGGGAGAAGAGGGCUGGAUGGCCCUUGGGAGGAGGAAGCGUGGGGAUUGGAGGGAGCGAGGUGGGAGAGGAGGGCUGGAUGGCCCUUGGGAGGAGGAAGCGUGGGGAUUGGAGGGAGCGAGGUGGGAGAGGAGGGCUGGAUGGCCCUUGGGAGGAGGAAGCGUGGGGAGUGGAGGAAGCGAGGUGGGAGAGGAGGGCUGGAUGGCCCUUGGGAGGAGGAAGCGUGGGGAGUGGAGGGAGCGAGGUGGGAGAGGAGGGCUGGAUGGCCCUUGGGAGGAGGAAGCGUGGGGAGUGGAGGGAGCGAGGUGGGAGAGGAGGGCUGGAUGGCCCUUGGGAGGAGGAAGCGUGGGGAGUGGAGGAAGCGAGGUGGGAGAGGAGGGCUGGAUGGCCCUUGGGAGGAGGAAGCGUGGGGAGUGGAGGAAGCGAGGUGGGAGAGGAGGGCUGGAUGGCCCUUGGGAGGAGGAAGCGUGGGGAGUGGAGGAAGCGAGGAAGCGAGGGGAGUGGAGGAAGCGAGGUGGGAGAGGAGGGCUGGAUGGCCCUUGGGAGGAGGAAGCGUGGGGAGUGGAGGAAGCGAGGUGGGAGAGGAGGGCUGGAUGGCCCUUGGGAGGAGGAAGCGUGGGGAGUGGAGGAAGCGAGGUGGGAGAGGAGGGCUGGAUGGCCCUUGGGAGGAGGAAGCGUGGGGAGUGGAGGAAGCGAGGUGGGGGAGGAGGGCUAGUUGGCCCUUGGGAGGAGGAAGCGAGGGGAGUGGAGGAAGCGAGGUGGGAGAGGAGGGCUGGAUGGCCCUUGGGAGGAGGAAGCGUGGGGAGUGGAGGGAGCGAGGUGGGAGAGGAGGGCUGGAUGGCCCUUGGGAGGAGGAAGCGAGGGGAGUGGAGGGAGCGAGGUGGGAGAGGAGGCCUGGAUGGCCCUUGGGAGGAGGAAGCGUGGGGAGUGGAGGAAGCGAGGUGGGAGAGGAGGGCUGGAUGGCCCUUGGGAGGAGGAAGCGUGGGGAGUGGAGGGAGCGAGGUGGGAGAGGAGGGCUGGAUGGCCCUUGGGAGGAGGAAGCGUGGGGAGUGGAGGAAGCGAGGUGGGAGAGGAGGGCUGGAUGGCCCUUGGGAGGAGGAAGCGUGGGGAGUGGAGGAAGCGAGGUGGGAGAGGAGGGCUGGAUGGCCCUUGGGAGGAGGAAGCGUGGGGAGUGGAGGAAGCGAGGUGGGAGAGGAGGGCUGGAUGGCCCUUGGGAGGAGGAAGCGUGGGGAGUGGAGGAAGCGAGGUGGGGGAGGAGGGCUAGUUGGCCCUUGGGAGGAGGAAGCGAGGGGAGUGGAGGAAGCGAGGUGGGAGAGGAGGGCUGGAUGGCCCUUGGGAGGAGGAAGCGUGGGGAGUGGAGGAAGCGAGGUGGGAGAGGAGGGCUGGAUGGCCCUUGGGAGGAGGAAGCGUGGGGAGUGGAGGAAGCGAGGUGGGAGAGGAGGGCUGGAUGGCCCUUGGGAGGAGGAAGCGUGGGGAGUGGAGGAAGCGAGGUGGGGGAGGAGGGCUAGUUGGCCCUUGGGAGGAGGAAGCGAGGGGAGUGGAGGAAGCGAGGUGGGAGAGGAGGGCUGGAUGGCCCUUGGGAGGAGGAAGCGUGGGGAGUGGAGGAAGCGAGGUGGGAGAGGAGGGCUGGAUGGCCCUUGGGAGGAGGAAGCGUGGGGAGUGGAGGAAGCGAGGUGGGAGAGGAGGGCUGGAUGGCCCUUGGGAGGAGGAAGCGUGGGGAUUGGAGGAAGCGAGGUGGGAGAGGAGGGCUGGAUGGCCCUUGGGAGGAGGAAGCGUGGGGAGUGGAGGGAGCGAGGUGGGAGAGGAGGGCUGGAUGGCCCUUGGGAGGAGGAAGCGUGGGGAGUGGAGGAAGCGAGGUGGGAGAGGAGGGCUGGAUGGCCCUUGGGAGGAGGAAGCGAGGGGAGUGGAGGAAGCGAGGUGGGAGAGGAGGGCUGGAUGGCCCUUGGGAGGAGGAAGCGUGGGGAGUGGAAGAAGCGAGGUAGAAGAAGAGGGCUGGAUGGCCCUUGGGAGGAGGAAGCGUGGGGAUUGGAGGGAGCGAGGUGGGAGAGGAGGGCUGGAUGGCCCUUGGGAGGAGGAAGCGUGGGGAUUGGAGGGAGCGAGGUGGGAGAGGAGGGCUGGAUGGCCCUUGGGAGGAGGAAGCGUGGGGAGUGGAGGAAGCGAGGUGGGAGAGGAGGGCUGGAUGGCCCUUGGGAGGAGGAAGCGUGGGGAGUGGAGGGAGCGAGGUGGGAGAGGAGGGCUGGAUGGCCCUUGGGAGGAGGAAGCGUGGGGAGUGGAGGGAGCGAGGUGGGAGAGGAGGGCUGGAUGGCCCUUGGGAGGAGGAAGCGUGGGGAGUGGAGGAAGCGAGGUGGGAGAGGAGGGCUGGAUGGCCCUUGGGAGGAGGAAGCGUGGGGAGUGGAGGAAGCGAGGUGGGGGAGGAGGGCUAGUUGGCCCUUGGGAGGAGGAAGCGAGGGGAGUGGAGGAAGCGAGGUGGGAGAGGAGGGCUGGAUGGCCCUUGGGAGGAGGAAGCGUGGGGAGUGGAGGAAGCGAGGUGGGAGAGGAGGGCUGGAUGGCCCUUGGGAGGAGGAGGCGUGGGGAGUGGAGGAAGCGAGGUGGGAGAGGAGGGCUGGAUGGCCCUUGGGAGGAGGAAGCGUGGGGAGUGGAGGAAGCGAGGUGGGAGAGGAGGGCUGGAUGGCCCUUGGGAGGAGGAAGCGAAGGAAGUGGAGGAAGCGAGGUGGGAGAGGAGGGCUGGAUGGCCCUUGGGAGGAGGAAGCGUGGGGAGUGGAGGAAGCGAGGUGGGAGAGGAGGGCUGGAUGGCCCUUGGGAGGAGGAAGCGAGGGGAGUGGAGGAAGCGAGGUGGGAGAGGAGGGCUGGAUGGCCCUUGGGAGGAGGAAGCGUGGGGAGUGGAGGAAGCGAGGUGGGAGAGGAGGGCUGGAUGGCCCUUGGGAGGAGGAAGCGUGGGGAUUGGAGGGAGCGAGGUGGGAGAGGAGGGCUGGAUGGCCCUUGGGAGGAGGAAGCGUGGGGAGUGGAGGAAGCGAGGUGGGAGAGGAGGGCUGGAUGGCCCUUGGGAGGAGGAAGCGUGGGGAGUGGAGGGAGCGAGGUGGGAGAGGAGGGCUGGAUGGCCCUUGGGAGGAGGAAGCGUGGGGAGUGGAGGGAGCGAGGUGGGAGAGGAGGGCUGGAUGGCCCUUGGGAGGAGGAAGCGUGGGGAGUGGAGGAAGCGAGGUGGGAGAGGAGGGCUGGAUGGCCCUUGGGAGGAGGAAGCGUGGGGAGUGGAGGAAGCGAGGUGGGAGAGGAGGGCUGGAUGGCCCUUGGGAGGAGGAAGCGUGGGGAGUGGAGGAAGCGAGGAAGCGAGGGGAGUGGAGGAAGCGAGGUGGGAGAGGAGGGCUGGAUGGCCCUUGGGAGGAGGAAGCGUGGGGAGUGGAGGAAGCGAGGUGGGAGAGGAGGGCUGGAUGGCCCUUGGGAGGAGGAAGCGUGGGGAGUGGAGGAAGCGAGGUGGGAGAGGAGGGCUGGAUGGCCCUUGGGAGGAGGAAGCGUGGGGAGUGGAGGAAGCGAGGUGGGGGAGGAGGGCUAGUUGGCCCUUGGGAGGAGGAAGCGAGGGGAGUGGAGGAAGCGAGGUGGGAGAGGAGGGCUGGAUGGCCCUUGGGAGGAGGAAGCGUGGGGAGUGGAGGGAGCGAGGUGGGAGAGGAGGGCUGGAUGGCCCUUGGGAGGAGGAAGCGAGGGGAGUGGAGGGAGCGAGGUGGGAGAGGAGGCCUGGAUGGCCCUUGGGAGGAGGAAGCGUGGGGAGUGGAGGAAGCGAGGUGGGAGAGGAGGGCUGGAUGGCCCUUGGGAGGAGGAAGCGUGGGGAGUGGAGGGAGCGAGGUGGGAGAGGAGGGCUGGAUGGCCCUUGGGAGGAGGAAGCGUGGGGAGUGGAGGAAGCGAGGUGGGAGAGGAGGGCUGGAUGGCCCUUGGGAGGAGGAAGCGUGGGGAGUGGAGGAAGCGAGGUGGGAGAGGAGGGCUGGAUGGCCCUUGGGAGGAGGAAGCGUGGGGAGUGGAGGAAGCGAGGUGGGAGAGGAGGGCUGGAUGGCCCUUGGGAGGAGGAAGCGUGGGGAGUGGAGGAAGCGAGGUGGGGGAGGAGGGCUAGUUGGCCCUUGGGAGGAGGAAGCGAGGGGAGUGGAGGAAGCGAGGUGGGAGAGGAGGGCUGGAUGGCCCUUGGGAGGAGGAAGCGUGGGGAGUGGAGGAAGCGAGGUGGGAGAGGAGGGCUGGAUGGCCCUUGGGAGGAGGAAGCGUGGGGAGUGGAGGAAGCGAGGUGGGAGAGGAGGGCUGGAUGGCCCUUGGGAGGAGGAAGCGUGGGGAGUGGAGGAAGCGAGGUGGGGGAGGAGGGCUAGUUGGCCCUUGGGAGGAGGAAGCGAGGGGAGUGGAGGAAGCGAGGUGGGAGAGGAGGGCUGGAUGGCCCUUGGGAGGAGGAAGCGUGGGGAGUGGAGGAAGCGAGGUGGGAGAGGAGGGCUGGAUGGCCCUUGGGAGGAGGAAGCGUGGGGAGUGGAGGAAGCGAGGUGGGAGAGGAGGGCUGGAUGGCCCUUGGGAGGAGGAAGCGUGGGGAUUGGAGGAAGCGAGGUGGGAGAGGAGGGCUGGAUGGCCCUUGGGAGGAGGAAGCGUGGGGAGUGGAGGGAGCGAGGUGGGAGAGGAGGGCUGGAUGGCCCUUGGGAGGAGGAAGCGUGGGGAGUGGAGGAAGCGAGGUGGGAGAGGAGGGCUGGAUGGCCCUUGGGAGGAGGAAGCGAGGGGAGUGGAGGAAGCGAGGUGGGAGAGGAGGGCUGGAUGGCCCUUGGGAGGAGGAAGCGUGGGGAGUGGAAGAAGCGAGGUAGAAGAAGAGGGCUGGAUGGCCCUUGGGAGGAGGAAGCGUGGGGAUUGGAGGGAGCGAGGUGGGAGAGGAGGGCUGGAUGGCCCUUGGGAGGAGGAAGCGUGGGGAUUGGAGGGAGCGAGGUGGGAGAGGAGGGCUGGAUGGCCCUUGGGAGGAGGAAGCGUGGGGAGUGGAGGAAGCGAGGUGGGAGAGGAGGGCUGGAUGGCCCUUGGGAGGAGGAAGCGUGGGGAGUGGAGGGAGCGAGGUGGGAGAGGAGGGCUGGAUGGCCCUUGGGAGGAGGAAGCGUGGGGAGUGGAGGGAGCGAGGUGGGAGAGGAGGGCUGGAUGGCCCUUGGGAGGAGGAAGCGUGGGGAGUGGAGGAAGCGAGGUGGGAGAGGAGGGCUGGAUGGCCCUUGGGAGGAGGAAGCGUGGGGAGUGGAGGAAGCGAGGUGGGGGAGGAGGGCUAGUUGGCCCUUGGGAGGAGGAAGCGAGGGGAGUGGAGGAAGCGAGGUGGGAGAGGAGGGCUGGAUGGCCCUUGGGAGGAGGAAGCGUGGGGAGUGGAGGAAGCGAGGUGGGAGAGGAGGGCUGGAUGGCCCUUGGGAGGAGGAGGCGUGGGGAGUGGAGGAAGCGAGGUGGGAGAGGAGGGCUGGAUGGCCCUUGGGAGGAGGAAGCGUGGGGAUUGGAGGAAGCGAGGUGGGAGAGGAGGGCUGGAUGGCCCUUGGGAGGAGGAAGCGUGGGGAGUGGAGGAAGCGAGGUGGGAGAGGAGGGCUGGAUGGCCCUUGGGAGGAGGAAGCGAAGGGAGUGGAGGAAGCGAGGUGGGAGAGGAGGGCUGGAUGGCCCUUGGGAGGAGGAAGCGUGGGGAGUGGAGGGAGCGAGGUGGGAGAGGAGGGCUGGAUGGCCCUUGGGAGGAGGAAGCGAGGGGAGUGGAGGGAGCGAGGUGGGAGAGGAGGGCUGGAUGGCCCUUGGGAGGAGGAAGCGAGGGGAGUGGAGGAAGCGAGGUGGGAGAGGAGGGCUGGAUGGCCCUUGGGAGGAGGAAGCGUGGGGAGUGGAGGAAGCGAGGUGGGAGAGGAGGGCUGGAUGGCCCUUGGGAGGAGGAAGCGAGGGGAGUGGAGGAAGCGAGGUGGGAGAGGAGGGCUGGAUGGCCCUUGGGAGGAGGAAGCGUGGGGAGUGGAGGAAGCGAGGUGGGAGAGGAGGGCUGGAUGGCCCUUGGGAGGAGGAGGCGUGGGGAGUGGAGGAAGCGAGGUGGGAGAGGAGGGCUGGAUGGCCCUUGGGAGGAGGAAGCAUGGGGAGUGGAGGAAGCGAGGUGGGAGAGGAGGGCUGGAUGGCCCUUGGGAGGAGGAAGCGUGGGGAGUGGAGGAAGCAAGGUGGGAGAGGAGGGCUGGAUGGCCCUUGGGAGGAGGAAGCGUGGGGAGUGGAGGAAGCGAGGUGGGAGAGGAGGGCUGGAUGGCCCUUGGGAGGAGGAAGCGUGGGGAGUGGAGGAAGCGAGGUGGGGGAGGAGGGCUAGUUGGCCCUUGGGAGGAGGAAGCGAGGGGAGUGGAGGAAGCGAGGUGGGAGAGGAGGGCUGGAUGGCCCUUGGGAGGAGGAAGCGUGGGGAGUGGAGGGAGCGAGGUGGGAGAGGAGGGCUGGAUGGCCCUUGGGAGGAGGAAGCGUGGGGAGUGGAGGGAGCGAGGUGGGAGAGGAGGGCUGGAUGGCCCUUGGGAGGAGGAAGCGUGGGGAGUGGAGGAAGCGAGGUGGGAGAGGAGGGCUGGAUGGCCCUUGGGAGGAGGAAGCGUGGGGAUUGGAGGAAGCGAGGUGGGAGAGGAGGGCUGGAUGGCCCUUGGGAGGAGGAAGCGUGGGGAGUGGAGGGAGCGAGGUGGGAGAGGAGGGCUGGAUGGCCCUUGGGAGGAGGAAGCGUGGGGAGUGGAGGAAGCGAGGUGGGAGAGGAGGGCUGGAUGGCCCUUGGGAGGAGGAAGCGAGGGGAGUGGAGGAAGCGAGGUGGGAGAGGAGGGCUGGAUGGCCCUUGGGAGGAGGAAGCGUGGGGAGUGGAGGAAGCGAGGUGGGAGAAGAGGGCUGGAUGGCCCUUGGGAGGAGGAAGCGUGGGGAUUGGAGGGAGCGAGGAGGAAGCGUGGGGAUUGGAGGGAGCGAGGUGGGAGAGGAGGGCUGGAUGGCCCUUGGGAGGAGGAAGCGUGGGGAGUGGAGGAAGCGAGGUGGGAGAGGAGGGCUGGAUGGCCCUUGGGAGGAGGAAGCGUGGGGAGUGGAGGGAGCGAGGUGGGAGAGGAGGGCUGGAUGGCCCUUGGGAGGAGGAAGCGUGGGGAGUGGAGGGAGCGAGGUGGGAGAGGAGGGCUGGAUGGCCCUUGGGAGGAGGAAGCGUGGGGAGUGGAGGAAGCGAGGUGGGAGAGGAGGGCUGGAUGGCCCUUGGGAGGAGGAAGCGUGGGGAGUGGAGGAAGCGAGGUGGGAGAGGAGGGCUGGAUGGCCCUUGGGAGGAGGAAGCGUGGGGAGUGGAGGAAGCGAGGUGGGAGAGGAGGGCUGGAUGGCCCUUGGGAGGAGGAAGCGUGGGGAGUGGAGGGAGCGAGGUGGGAGAGGAGGGCUGGAUGGCCCUUGGGAGGAGGAAGCGAGGGGAGUGGAGGGAGCGAGGUGGGAGAGGAGGGCUGGAUGGCCCUUGGGAGGAGGAAGCGUGGGGAUUGGAGGGAGCGAGGUGGGAGAGGAGGGCUGGAUGGCCCUUGGGAGGAGGAAGCGUGGGGAGUGGAGGAAGCGAGGUGGGAGAGGAGGGCUGGAUGGCCCUUGGGAGGAGGAAGCGUGGGGAGUGGAGGGAGCGAGGUGGGAGAGGAGGGCUGGAUGGCCCUUGGGAGGAGGAAGCGAGGGGAGUGGAGGAAGCGAGGUGGGAGAGGAGGGCUGGAUGGCCCUUGGGAGGAGGAAGCGUGGGGAGUGGAGGAAGCGAGGUGGGGGAGGAGGGCUAGUUGGCCCUUGGGAGGAGGAAGCGAGGGGAGUGGAGGAAGCGAGGUGGGAGAGGAGGGCUGGAUGGCCCUUGGGAGGAGGAAGCGUGGGGAGUGGAGGAAGCGAGGUGGGAGAGGAGGACUGGAUGGCCCUUGGGAGGAGGAAGCGUGGGGAGUGGAGGGAGCGAGGUGGGAGAGGAGGGCUGGAUGGCCCUUGGGAGGAGGAAGCGUGGGGAGUGGAGGAAGCGAGGUGGGAGAGGAGGGCUGGAUGGCCCUUGGGAGGAGGAAGCGUGGGGAGUGGAGGAAGCGAGGUGGGAGAGGAGGGCUGGAUGGCCCUUGGGAGGAGGAAGCGUGGGGAGUGGAGGAAGCGAGGUGGGAGAGGAGGGCUGGAUGGCCCUUGGGAGGAGGAGGCGUGGGGAGUGGAGGAAGCGAGGUGGGAGAGGAGGGCUGGAUGGCCCUUGGGAGGAGGAAGCGUGGGGAGUGGAGGAAGCGAGGUGGGAGAGGAGGGCUGGAUGGCCCUUGGGAGGAGGAAGCGUGGGGAGUGGAGGAAGCGAGGUGGGAGAGGAGGACUGGAUGGCCCUUGGGAGGAGGAAGCGAGGGGAGUGGAGGAAGCGAGGUGGGAGAGGAGGGCUGGAUAGCCCUUGGGAGGAGGAAGCGUGGGGAGUGGAGGAAGCGAGGUGGGAGAGGAGGGCUGGAUGGACCUUGGGAGGAGGAAGCGAGGGGAGUGGAGGAAGCGAGUUGGGAGAGGAGGGCUGGAUGGCCCUUAGAGGAGAGGCGCCCCUUAGAGGAGAGGCGCCCCUUAGAGGAGAGGCAUGGUCCAGGGGCUGGCAGGAGAAGAGGAGGAAAUGGUGAAUUGAGAUCUAUGGGUUAA